AUGACGUCGCAUCACCACCGCUCCGGGCCGCUUAAGCAGACGAACAAGAAGCAUAAGACUGGUCGACAUGACUCCAAGACGCUGUUGGCGCGGCGUUCUGGUGGCAAGGUCGAAGGCCGUCGAUCGAGCGUACGCAGCACAGGCUCCAGCAUUGGCAGCAUGAGCUUGUCAGGCCAGAAGGCGGCCCGUCUGCAGCGCCAAAAGCACCUUCGCGACAACAAGCGCGAAGAACUGCUGCUGCAGCGCCGUUUUGGACUUGGAGGUUCUCUUGGCCCGCCCAAGAUCGUGGCCCUGGUGGCCCUCAGUGACAUGGCCAACCUGGCGGAAGUGCAGCAAAGCAUCUUGGAGGGCGCGGCUACCGUGGAGGAGCCGGCUCAGGACGCCAUCGGUCUCAAGAAUUGCACAGUCGGUGUCUUUAGCCAGCACAAGCAGAAACUCUGUGUCGUUGACUGCGGCUGCAACCUGCUCGUGGCCCUGGACGCGGCUAAGGUGGCCGACGUCGUGCUGUUCGUGCUGUCUGUGCACAACGGUGCGGACGGCGGACUGAGCGAGGAAGGUAUCAAGAUCGUUUCGGCUGUACGUGCGCAGGGCUUGCCGACCACGGUGGGCGUCAUUCAGGGACUGGAGAAGCACACGGCCAAGGGUCAGACCGAGCUCAAGAAGCUUGGCAACAAGUUCUUCGCCACGGAGUUCGGCGAGAGCGCCAAGGUGGCGCUGGCCAAUGUGCCCGGCCAGCUGUCUCGCGUGCUGAUCACGCUGUCGCCCAAGGUUAUUCACUGGCGCGAAGCACGCUCGUACAUGCUUGCCACAACAGCCACGUUUGUGCCGGGCUCUGAGGCGCAGAACGAUAAGGGAGAACAGGUCGGUGAGCUACAGGUGAACGGAUACUUGCGCGGUAAGCCGCUAUCAGUUAACCAGCUUAUCCACAUCACGGAUGUGGGUACGUUCCAGAUGAGCCGUAUAACACGAGCGGGUGCCCGUCAGGUGCAGCACGGCAAGAUGGACGCAGACAUGAACGCCAAGCCUCCUGUUGCCCCGACUGCUGCUGGCCAGGACGAAGUACUGGUGCUUGCUACGGCCGACCCUGAUCUACAGGAGGAUCUUCGUUUCGAAGCCGAGUACGACCCAUUCGCGUCGGAGCAGACGUGGCCAACGAACGAGGAGAUUGCUGAGGCUGAGGCCGAAGCCAAAAAGCAGCGCCAGGCGGAUACUGUGGCUAACAAGGGUGCGUCUAGCUACCAGGCUGCUUGGCUCGAUGGAGAUGACGAGGAGGACGAGAUGAAGGAUGAGGAAGAGGAGACAGACGCUGCAGUUAACCAAGACUUCUGCAAGACUGCCGAUGACGACGAGGAUGACGAUGACGACGACAUGUUCAUGGUUGACGACGACUACGUAGACCAGGCUCAGAAGCGCAAGGAUGAAGAGGAAAACAUGACGUUCCCAGACGAGGUGGACGUACCGGUGGACCAGCCUGCUCGUGUGCGUUUCGCCCGAUACCGCGGCAUGAAGUCGCUGCGUACGAGCGCUUGGGACCCGAAGGAGUCGCUUCCUUCGGACUACGCUCGUUUGUUCCAGUUUGCGGAUUUUGCAAUGGUGCAGCGUCUUGCUCUUGCGCGCGGCAAAGAUGCCGAGCGUGCCAUGAAGGACCAGCUGCGUCGCAAGUCCAAGACCCUGCAGACUCGCUCUCGUGCUUCGUCGAUGGCAAUGGAGGACGUGGAGGACUCGGCUUCCGUUGCGUUAUCCUAUCUUGGUAGCGAAGCUCUGCCCAACGAGUUCGGUGAGAUGGGAUACGUCCCGUCCGGUGUCUACGUGACUCUGCACCUUAAGGCGGUGCCGGUGGCUAAGCUGCAGGCUCGUAUUCAGGCUGGCCCUCUUGUCAUGGGUGCUCUACUGAAGCACGAGAACCGACUGAGUGUGCUCAACUUUUCAGUGCAGCGCGCUUCGUCGUUUGCUGGCGAGACACUCAAGUCCAAGGACGAACUGUCUUUCCACUGCGGCUUUCGACGAUUCUCGGGUAAGCCCGUUUUCAGUGACCAGAGCUUGAAGAGCGACCAGCAUCUCUUCCAGCGAUUCUUACCGCAGAGUGGCUGGAGUGUGGCCACUGUUUAUGGUCCCGUAACAUUCCAGCCUGCUUCGUUGCUGCUCUUUAAGCCUGAUGGUCAGCUUGUGGCGUCCGGCACGCUGAAGAAUGUGAACCCGGACCGCGUCGUGCUCAAGCGUGUGAUCGUCACGGGCACGCCGGUGAAGGUGAAGAAGCGCAAGGCCGUGGUUCGGUACAUGUUCCACUCGCCAGAGGACAUUCGGUGGUUUAAGCCGGUGGAGCUCGUGACCAAACACGGUCUCACCGGCCACAUCAAGGAGUCUCUCGGUACGCACGGCGACCUCAAGGCUGUCUUCAACAAGCCCAUCAAACAGCACGACACCGUGUGUCUCCACCUAUAUAAGCGCGUCUACCCCAAGUUCCCGACCAUGAACCCUCUGUCGAACUAG